ACAGUUGCUCAUUGACCACUUCCAUCAAAGGGUUCAUCAUCAGGGUCGUGGGAUGACCAUGAACGAGCUCCGAUCAAACGGCAUCUGGAUAUUGGGAUGCAGUCACACAGUGUCUUCUUACAUUUACAAGUGUGUGAAAUGUAGAAAGUUCAGAAGAAAUACUGAAGUACAAAGAAUGGCAGAUUUACCGUGUGAAAGAGUGGAAGCAUCACCUCCCUUUACCUAUUGUGGAGUGGAUUGCUUCGGUCCAUUUUACAUUAAGGAGGGAAGAAAGGAACUUAAACGCUACGGUCUGUUAUUCACAUGCCUGUGCUCGCGUGCUGUGCACAUAGAGCUACUUGAUGACAUGACAUCUGACGCUUUUAUUAAUAGUCUUCGAACAUUGAUUGCCAUACGUGGAAAUGUUCGGCAGCUUUGGUCAGAUCAAGGAACCAACUUUGUUGGAGCAAGACGAGAGUUCUUGGAAUCCGUAAAGGAAAUGGACCAAGAAAAUAUAAAACAAUUAGGUUGUGAAUUUGUCAUGAACCCACCAUCUGCUAGCCAUAUGGGUGGAGCCUGGGAAAGGCAGAUUAGGACAAUAAGAAGUGUGUUGACAUCCAUUUUGGAUCAUUCAUCCAAAAGACUUGACAUUUCAUCUUUACGUACAUACCUUUAUGAGGUCAUGGCGAUCAUAAAUAGUAGGCCCUUAACAACUCACCUGCUCAGUGAUCCCACUGCUCCACAGCCUCUUACACCGAAUCAUAUCCUGACCAUGAAGUCUUCAGUGGUUUUACCACCACCUGGUGAGUUUGUGAAAGAAGACCUUUAUCUUCGCAAAAGAUGGCGUAAGGUACAAUAUUUGGCCAAUGAAUUUUGGACCAGAUGGAAAAGGGAAUACUUGCUGAAUCUUCAGCAAAGGAACAAAUGGUACAAGACACAGAGAAAUGCCAAGAUCAAUGACAUUGUGAUUCUGAUGGAUAAUAGUCUACCCAGAAAUGAGUGGAGACUGGCCAAGGUCACUAAGGUGUUCCCUAGUGAAGAUGGAGUCAUUAGGAAACUCGAAUUGUUGAUGAGUGAUGCAACACUUGACGACCAAGGAAAAAGAGUUAACAAGCCAGUAUAUCUUGAGAGACCCAUCCACAAAACAGUUACUAUAGUUGAAGCUGAGUAGCUCAUUACAGAUAUUUGUUGUUUUUCUUUGUAUUCAGGUGUAGUAGGAAAUCAUCUGUGAUUUGGUGGGAGUGUGGCUGCCAUCGGCAGCAGUUUGUGCAGUUUGGGUUGAUUUCAUGAUUCUGAUUUGGUGUAGAUAAGUUAAGGUGUGCGGAUGGUUCCGAAGCGGAACCAAUGUUUAAUGUGUCGUUUCAUUCCGGGACUUUCUAUGGUGACACGCAGCACUCUGUGUAAGGCAGCAUGCUUCUUUUUGCUGUUAGUUGAUGGAGAGGUUUCGGUGAGGCAUUAAGGCUCGUGUAGCUGAUUGCAAGAAGACGUUACACGGAGUUUUUUUUGUAUUAACCCUUCCAGGUUGAAGCGGCCAAUGAGUUCUCACGGCAUAGUUAUUAAACGCCAGUAACAAAGAAGAACGCCUUGUGUCCGUUUUCUGCUUGGAGGGAGUUAC